GAUGCUGAGAGAGAGAGGUCGACGUCAGAGAGAAUCGAGGUCAACAGCCGCUUAGGUUUUGACCGGAAGUCUAGGUAUUGGGUCACUCGCGUAGUGAUGACGUCUUCAGAGGGCGCUGUCAAGCAUGCGUAGCCAGGGGGGCGGCAGUACCUUGGGUCCCGGACCAGAGUCCCUCUGCAGACGACACAGAGGCAAGCGAGCGCCGGGCGCCCGAAGGGCCAAGGAGUCAGAGGAGUUCAGCGCAGGCUUGCAGAGUUCUGAAAACAAAUAUGAGGAAUCUUCCAAUGAUUCUUCUUCAGCCUCUUCCAAAGGACCGGGCAGUGAGAACCUAGAAUCUGGGAGCAAUGGAGCCAUUCGCAAGCCAACCUACUGGCUGGAGAUGAGGGGAAUAAAGGCCGCCCUAAAGACUGUGGAGAAGAAAGGUGGAGACCCUGUCUCCAAGGGAAAGCACAGGCUGGAACAAGAUGGCAAUGAAGAAUGUGAGGAAUUUUCUGGGAAGAAACGUAAAGGAUCUGGAAAACAGGAGCAAGCGAGGAAACAGCCUCAUCUCAAACCCAAAAGCCGAUGUGUUAAAAAAGACCCACCAACAUACGCAGCAGGCACUCCAGAGGAACGGUGGCAGUUGGAGAUUCUGGAUAAGGGCCGUGUCACUUGCCCGACCUGCAGAUGUGUAGUGAGGAAGACAGUUGAAGGACUGAAAAAGCACAUGACCAACUGCCAUAAGGAGGACUUCACAUGUCACCACUGUGGGAAGCAGCUGCGGUCUGUUGCAGGAAUGAAGUACCACAUAAUGGCAGACCACAAUAGCCUGCCCGUGGUAAAGGCAGGGGACCAGCUGGAUGAACAGAGCGAGAGAGAUCGCCUGCGGACAGUGCUCAAGCAAAUGGGGAAGCUGAAGUGCAAGAAAGAGGGCUGCACAGGCAGCUUCAGCAGCGUCAUGGGCUACCUCUACCAUGCCCAGAAGUGUGGGAAGGCAGCUGCCGAGCUGGAGAAGCUGACUCUCAAGUGCCACCAUUGCGGCAAGGGUUACAAAUCGAAGGCGGGCCUCGUUUACCACUUGAAGUCUGAACACGGACCGGUGACUUUUCUCCAUGAAGAAGCGAGGCCUGCUCACCAGAAGGAUGCUGACACUGAACCACAUGGAGGAGGCAGGGUACAAAGGAAAUCUGCCAAGGUGGCUGCCUAUUACUUGCAUGAGCUGGCCAAUGAGGAGCUGGCCAAGGAGUGGCCAAAGAGGAAAGUCCUGCAGGAUCUUGUUCCUGAUGACCGGAAGCUGAAGUACACUCGGCCAGGGCUGCCUGCUGUUAGCCAAGAGGUUCUGUGCAAGUGGAAAACAGAGAUAAAGAUGUACCGACGGAUCCACUGCCCCAACCAGGGUUGUGAGUGUGUCUACAGCAGCAUCUCAGGACUGAAAGCCCACCUGGGGAAUUGUACUCUGGGUGAAUUUGAGGCUGGAAAAUACAAGUGUCUGCUGUGUGAAAAGGAGUUUGUGUCUGAGAGUGGAGUCAAAUACCACAUUAACACGGUGCAUUCCGAGGACUGGUUCGACGUUAACACCAACACCACCAAGAGCUUCGAGAAGUUGAUGAAGCUGCAGCAGAAAGGAACGGAGCAGAAGAGGCAGCGCAAGAAGAAUCUCACAAGCCGCAGCUGCAAGAGGCGGCCGAAGACUAAGAAGUCCCCCAGGGCAGGCGCAGAGCAGAGUCAGCAGAGAGGGAGGACAGGCCGCUCUCACCUUGCAGGCAGUGAAAGCAGUGAAGAGGAUGAUGCCCACCCUGUAAAACCAGGACACAAAAAGGGGAGGAAAUAAGGUCCGGCAGCAACCCUCGAGAGGAAGUGACAGAGCCGGCCGCUUCCCGGAAGCCUGGCACUGGGGCCCAGUGGAGAGGCCAGGGCAUCAAAAAGAGAAGCCAGCAAGUGAUUCUGUGUUGCCUGCUCCCCAGAUCACGUUCGGCUUCAUUAGUUGUCUCAGAGACUCAUGCUGCAAUCCUCCGGACAGUUAGAUAGGUAUGAGCCCCAUUGAAGUCUGUGGGAUUCACUUCUAAGCCAACAUGCACAGCAUUUAUUUUUUCCUCUCCUCCCCCAAAGUACUCUGGCUACUGGUUGACUUUGUUGGCUCCUUGAAUGACAAGCGCGGUCAUAAGGGAGAGUACUUCCUUCCGUGGCUUCUCUGCAACUGUGAAGCCCUUCAGCUGUUGACUUGUUAAUUGGAUAAAAUGCUUCUUUUUCUAAUACUGGAUCACAGGGAUGGGGGUGGGCAUGGAAAGAUGAGGGGUAUUGGCAGGGCUUCAGUUUGGAUUUGGUUCGCAUGGAGUAGGGGAGGACCAGAGGGUGCAAAGCAGUGGUGGGAUUCAGCCAAUUUGGCCCGGUUCAAGUGAACUGGUUGUUAAAAGCCCUGUCGUUUCCCCUCCUCGCGGGGAGCGACAGGGCUUUUAGCGCCUUGGAGCCCAGUGUGGGGAGGAGGCUUGCAGAGCCGGGAAACGCUGGUGGGGGGGAAUGGACCAGAGGGCUGCUGCCUCCCUCCUCAACCACUGGCUACUGCUGCUGCCCUCAUAACAGGAACCGGUUGUUAAAUUAUUUGAAUCCCACCACUGGUGCAAAGAGAUACAGGGGCAGGGAAACCAUGUUCUCUUUCAAUGGCCACUAGCCAUGUGAUUAGUAAAGGAAAUCUUCAUAUUCAGUGGUAAUAAACCUCUGAUAACCCUCUGAGCACAGUGUAUCAGAGAAGACCUUAGCCUCUGUGUGCUCUCUGGUGGCCUUCCAAAGCAACUAAUUGGCUGCUGUGCAAAACAGUAUGCUGGUCUAGAUGGACCACUGGUCUAAUCUUCUGUUCUUGUGCCCGUGGUUUCUCAAACCCAGGCUGCAUGAAUAGCAGAGGGGAUGGACAACUGCUUUGCAUUCUGGACCAUAUUGUACAGGACGGAGCAGCAAAAAAGAUAGGAGUAAUUCCACCUUCACAGGCAACAAAUAGUUCCCCAUCUAUGUUGUUUCUUGUUGGUCUUGGGGGUAAAACUCUCCCUUCAUCUUUGCCAUCCUAUAACUCAAGUACCCAGUGAGGCUGCUUUUCCAAAACUACAGUGUAAGUCUUAUCUGGACUGUUCAGCAUGUCUUUGGUUGUACAGUGGAGAAUUAAUGACCUUUAUUGCUACAGACUUGGUACACGGGCAGGAGAGUGGUGGCAAUGAAAUUUGCAAAAGCUGACCUAGCAGUGGCUGUCGUACCUGUCAGCUGACAGGUCCUUGUUCAGAGGCAGGGAAUAGCACUGUCUUAUCAUCCUGCCAUUAUGAGCUUUCGGAGGGGCAUCUGGGGGUGUGCUGCCCAGGAGUAGUUUCUUGUUUGUUAAGACCGUAGCACUCCCAGUCAUAACCACAUCAAUAUGAAACACAUUCUAAGUAUACAAUUUUAGAUUGUACCUUUUUGACAAAUCAAUAAAAGAUUUGCAGAACAGUA